UUUCUGGGUUUCCCCGCUGACUCAAAAAAGAUCAGUUCAGCGAUUUUCACCAGUCCGGCCCAAAAACACACCAGUUCGGCUAUUGCGCCGCUCUGAACAGGUGAAAAUGAGCUGGUGUUUUUUUUUUUCAGAGCUGGUAAAAAAGCCCAUCUGUAUUUCACCUGUUUAGUUUUUCCGUGUUCGGAGGCGAAGCGGUACAUAGCGAGAUCGAGUCGUUCCUACAGCAGUUGCGCGCAACACCCAGUGGCGAGGCAGCUGGGAGUCUUGUGCAUCAGUGGGUGUGGACGUGUCAUUCGGUGGGUUCCGGUAGGAGAGUGAUUUCUUCUGGAGAAGUGGUGUUUUUUGCACCUGGAAGUCGUCACGUCCUCUUGAUUGAACCGAGAUCAAAGCGCGUAUCACAAGGAGUGCUUUGGUUGUGAGUACAGAGUACUCGUGCUCGCGGCGGCGCAGGAACCCUGCGCCGCGCCGCGUACGCGUCUAGAGCGAGGCGGGCGCUGUGUUUUGCUGAUUCAGCUUUCGCGGGCACGCCAAGUGUGGCGGUCACGGAGUUCUUUCUGGUUGCAUGGGCGACAACAGCGACGGCGUGUUAGACUUGACUCACCUGAGCACGGAUAACAACUCGACUCUCUUGUACGAGACGGACUCGAACCCGGACAUGCUCAGUGUCCACACCACCCCGGGGAAGCCGAGGGUGCGUCAGCCGCAGCGUUCGUCGCCUCGAAUCCGCGACCGCCGGGGUACGAAAGUAGAUGUUGCGAGCUUAUCGCCUACCUCGUCACCUGCGAGUGGUCUCAACUCCCCGCAGACCGGGGGUGUCGCGUCAUCAGCUAGCCGCAGGACGCUACCGCGCACCCCGAAGCUAACGAGUGCACCCGAGGACGAGGGGUACGAGACGAAGUACGUUAAGCCUGUUCCCCAGCGUUUCAGCCGUGCUGCCGGCGGCAAGGACGGCGGCGGCGGCGGCGGCGGUUCUUUUGGGUCACCGCUUCUCGUCAGCUCAAGCCAAGGCAGCGGCGACAGUGAUGAGGCGGAGGGAGAGUCCUCGCCGGGCACCGGGGGUAGUAGUGAGGGCGGAGGCGGCAAGGGGAAGGAGCCGGAGAGGAGAAAUGCUGGGCCUGAGGGACUGUCGCGGGAGGUCAUCGUGGAAAAGCUGCGUAGCAUCUUCAGCGCUCACCGAACGGCAUGGAACAAGAGGCAGGAGAAGAAGAAGAGUCUCACCGGCGAGGGUGACGAUGGCGAUGACGAGGGAACGGAGGCCGAAGCGCUGGAGCAGGCGAGCAUAGCCUGGGAGGCUGGACUGGUGGAGAAGGCCUCCAAGGACAAGACGAAGAAGGAGCAUACGGCGGCGGCUAAUCGUGCUCGCGACAAGGCCAAGGAACACAUCCCUCUCCAGCGGGAUGGGCGGAGACCCCGUGUUGAACCAGAUCAUGGACUUGCUGCACUCGAAGGCAAGGGCCGGAUCGGGGGGGCACGGCGAGGGACCUCCUCCAAUGACGGAGGGCAGGGUAUGAGGCAAUACGAGGCAGAGAGGCAGCAGCAGCACCAACAGCAAUGGCAGCAGCGCCAGCCGCAGCCGCAGCCGAGCCCGUUCUACGCCCCGACCGGCGCUUUCCCACCCGCCCAUUGGGCUGCGUCAGGCGUUGCUCCUGCCGGCAUGCCAGGGCCCUCCGUCGGCGUUCACAGCACGAUGUGGCCAGGUACGGCAGGGGGCGGGGGCGCGGCGGUGGGUAUGGCGCAGGGUGGGGUUGGGAUGAGCGCAGCUGGAGGGGCCUCGCACGGACAUAGCUUCGCGGCGCCAAGGGAGGGAAAGACAGGGAUCUCAGAGGCGCAAGAGGUCCGCGGGGGUGCGAGCAGCUCUCUCCCGGGUGUCAGCGGGGCGGAUCCCCCACCAUCGGCGCCGUCGACCAGGCCACCUAACUGUCAAUGCGGUCAAGCGGCUCGACGAGUAGGACCCGUCACAGCGGACGGUGCCGCGAACGGGACCAUAUCCUGGAUGUGUGCCAAGGCGGACAGGAACCAACAGUGCAACUUCUUCGAGCUCAUCAGCCGACCGGGAGGGGGAACCACUUCCACCGGCCGCAACAACAGCGGCAUGGGGGGCGGCGGCACACUUUCACGGGGAGGCACAGACGGGAGGUCGGUGGGUGGGUAUGCCGCUCCCACUCAGUCAUCCCGCCACCGCGCGGCCGACGUGUUUCAGGUUCGGCCUGGGCGCUCAAGGGGGAAUAGUGAGAGGUAAUGUAAACCCCGGGCCGUACCAAUUUCAAAGAUGUCGACCUUCCACUCUCUUUGGUAAUACCGGGCGGUGAUGCGGGACGACAACCACCGGGCGGUGAUUUGGUUGCUUUUGGUUCGCCUCGUUCACUUUUUUUUCUGUUCAUUGGAGGUUCGUGCGUGUGACCUCUCUCCAUGUCGGCGUGUGGGUGUUGAUGGCGUCGACUGGUUGAAGAUAUGGGUUCCGACACGUUUGGCCGGUGGCGUUCAACGAAUGGAGAGUCCAAGAAGGUAGCCGCGUGUCUUGGGUUCUCAUACCAUCUUAACGAGUUGUGUUCGUGCUGUUUGCUGUUCACGUACUUGGUGAACCGUUGUCCACCUGUCCCGGGGGCGGCUUGCAUAUUUCUAGCGAACCCAUCGCAGCGGUUGCACUGUGUAUGGGUUUGCUGCCUUUUCUUUUUUCUGUGUGUGUGUGUUUUUUUGGGGGUGGGGGGAGCGAACUCAUCCUUGGGGUGGCGUUGUGUGUGGGUCU